CCAGUUUGGGGUGCCUCUGGCCAGGAACCAGCUGAUGCAGAAGAAGAUGGCCGACAUGCUGACUGAGAUCACCAUCGGCCUGCAGGCUUGCCUGCAACUGGGCAGGCUCAUCGACGACAAGAAAGCGGCCCCGGAGAUGAUCUCCAUGCUGAAGAGGAACAGCUGUGGCAAGUCCCUGGACAUCGCCCGGCACGCCCGAGACAUGCUGGGGGGCAAUGGCAUCUCCGACGAGUACCACGUCAUCCGCCACGUCAUGAACCUGGAGGCCGUCAACACCUACGAAGGUACCCAUGACAUCCAUGCUCUGAUUCUGGGCAGAGCUAUCACUGGACUACAGUCCUUCACUGUGGGGAAGUAGACUGCCAGCAGCUGUUAGCACCUCUACAGACAACAACUAAUAUAAACCACCCUUCAAACUGCUUCUGAACAAUGCUUAAGUAGCUGGCAGGUUGUUGAAAUGGACUGUCAACUCUGUAUACCAUAAUGCCAAGGUUUUCUCUCUCCUAAGUUUGUAGAUUGUGUACAUUAAAUCGUUAUUUUGAGGGAAUAACCAGGUAUAGGUUUUAAGAGAAGUUUAUCACUGAACCUUUGGGCUGUUGUGAACUAUAAUUAUUUUAGGCAGAUUUUCAAUUCCGACUAAAGCUAUUUUUCUACUCUCAGUCUCAAAGUCCUGACUUUCUGAACAUAAGUUAGAAAGUUUCAUUAUAACCAAUUUCAAUUAAAAGGGAUAAAGUGUUACUUUAGUCAAAUGAUUUAAAAUGUUUUCGGGGGGGGAAACGGUUUAGAUUGAGGUCCAGAUGUGAACUUGGGACUGAGUCUUCAGAUCUGUGUUUGUGAGUACCAAAGUUCAAACUCACAACCUCUCUCAUCAUUUCUCGUGGUUAAAUUUCACUUGAGCAUUUUGAGGAAAUGUUUUUUGAGGGUUAAGAUGUAAUCUGU